CCCCUCCCCUGCCCGCCCCGGCCCCCGUCGCCCUCCCCGGGCUGGAGUUCGUAUCAAAGCCCCCCUUGUCGUGUUGUGACAGCUCUGAUAUUGUUUAUUGAGGCUGGAUGUCAGGUAUAAUUAGCAAUCGAUAUGGAAAACGUUUGCUCCCCACACUGGCACGUCUCUGACGUCAGGACCGAUUAACGUUUCUUAUUGGUCCCAAAUUCCCCCAGCCUGAGCUAAUUAUCGGGAGCCCGAUGUUGAUAAAGUUAAAGCGCCCGGCGCCCUGCAGCAUGAGCCCCUCGCCGCGCCUCCUCCUCCGGCAGCAGCACCCCCGGCCCCAGCCGCCCCGCUGCCCGCACCCCCAGCCCCGCCGGCACCCCCCGCGCUAGAGCCGCCCCCAUGAUGGAUAGCCGCAUCCUGGAGCAUCCCCAUGCCCAGUUCGGGGCUAUGGUGGGCUUCCCUUACCCGCUCGGUCACCACCACGUCUACGAGCUUGCCGGGCACCAGCUGCAGUCGGCCGCCGCCUCGGUGCCCUUCUCCAUCGAUGGAUUACUGAGCGGCUCCUGCGCCGCCUCCGUGGUCAACCCGGCGCCGUUGAUCCCCCCCGGCUGCGGGGGGAGCGGGGACAACCAGCCCUUCAAGCUCGCAGACUCGGGUGACCCGGACAAAGAAAGUCCUGGCUGUAAAAGAAGACGAACCCGCACCAAUUUUACCGGCUGGCAGCUCGAGGAGCUGGAAAAGGCGUUUAACGAGAGUCACUACCCGGACGUGUUUAUGCGAGAGGCUCUGGCGCUCAGGCUGGAUUUAGUGGAGUCCAGAGUGCAGGUCUGGUUCCAAAACCGCCGGGCCAAAUGGAGAAAGAAAGAGAACACGAAGAAGGGCCCGGGGCGGCCGGCUCACAACUCCCACCCCACGACGUGCAGCGGGGAGCCCAUGGACCCCGAGGAGAUCGCCCGCAAGGAGCUGGAGAAGAUGGAGAAGAAGAAACGCAAGCACGAGAAGAAGCUCCUCAAAAGCCAAAGCCGCCACCCGCACUCUCCCAGCGCCCUCUCCCUGCACAGCACCCCCAGCUCCGACAGCGACAGUGGCGGCGGGGGAGGCCUCUCACCCGCCCCGCCUGAGGCCAAGCCCCGCGGGCAGCCCCCGCCGCCGCACCCGCCGCCCUCCGCCGCCGCCGCCCCCUCCGAGCCGCCCCCCGGCACCUGCGACCAGACGGCAGAGCCCUUCUACCCCAGCCAAAGAAGCGGGAGCGGGCGGCUCCAGCGUCCGCCCGACAAGGACUGCGCGGCCGCCCCGUCGGGGGACGGCAGCGGAGGUGCGGGGGGGCCCCGCAGCGCCGGCAGCUUCCACAAGCUCAACCCCUUCAGCGUGGAGAGCCUCCUCUCCGACUCACCCCCACGCCGCAAAGCCGCCCCGGACUUCCCCAGCCUCCCGCCCUGCGCCCCCCGCACCCUCAUCGGCAAAGGACACUUCCUGCUCUACCCCAUCACCCAGCCCCUGGGCUUCCUCGUCCCGCAGACUGCCCUCAAGGCCAGCCCGGGCCCCGAGGCCGGUCAGCCCCCCCGGGACUCCCCGCUGCCCGCCGCCAACCCCGGCCCUCCCGGCUGCGGCGCGGAGCCGGCGCCCGCCGGAGCCCAACCCGGCCCCGGUUCCACGGACUCGGCGGCGGGGCCGGUGCCUCCUCCACCGCCGGCCGGCGCCUCGCCCCGCUCCGUGACCGCGCACGGUGACCCGGCUGCGGCCGCCCCGGCGGAGGGCGGCAGCUUCCCCCGGCCCGAGUCGCCGGUCCGGGCGAGGGACGGCAGCACAGCCAGGGACAGAUCGGACUGCGGCCCUGGCGGCGGCGAGGAGGUGGACAUGGACUGACCGGGAGGAAAAUAGCUGAGGAAGAAAGAACAAAACAAAGCAAAAGUAAAAGCACCGGCGCCCACCACCCCUGAGAAACAGGGGCCCCACUUCCCCCCGGCACCG